AUGGCCCAUCCAACUGGCGACAAGGUUGACUCCCAUCUGAAUGUUCAGACGGGUCAGUUCUUCCAGGAUGGCCGAGAGGAGCCCUAUCUGCAUGAUGCAGAGGAGAAGCAGGACGAGAAGAAGGGCAGCCCCAUCUAUAAUGACACCUUUGGUGAUGAAGAGUAUGCCGAGGUUAAAUAUAAGGUCCUGAGCUGGUGGCAAUGUGGUUUUCUCAUGGUUGCGGAAACCGUGUCUCUUGGUAUUCUGUCGCUGCCAGCUGUUGUCGCAACUCUGGGUCUUGCUCCCGCUAUUGUUCUCAUCGUUGGCCUCGGUCUUCUGGCCACCUACACCGGUUACGUCAUCGGCCAGUUCAGAUGGCGCUAUCCUCAUGUCCAGAAUCUGGCUGAUGCCGGUGAGAUCCUCUUUGGGUCUAUUGGUCGCGAGAUCUUCGGUAUCGGCCAGCUGCUGCUUGUCAUCUUCAUCAUGGCGAGCCAUCUGUUGACCUUCUCGGUUGCCAUGAACACGAUUACGGAACAUGGAACUUGCUCCAUUGUUUUCGGUGUUGUCGGCCUCGUGAUCUGCUUCCUCCUGGGCCUACCUAGGACGUCUGCAAACGUGUCCUAUCUCUCUGUUGCUUCUUUCAUCAGUGUGUUCUCUGCCGUGAUGAUUGUCAUGAUUGCCGUUGGUGUGGAACGUCCUUACAAGGGAACCCUAUCAGCAACGGUGGAUACCAGCUUGUAUGAAGCAUUCCUUGCCGUCUGCAACAUCGUCUUCUCCUUCUCGGGUCACGUUGCAUUCUUCGGCUUCAUGUCCGAAUUAAAGGAUCACAGAGAGUACCCUAAGGCCCUGUGUCUUCUCCAGGGUCUCGACACCAUUCUCUACCUUGUCACUUCCGUGGUGAUCUACAUCUAUGCAGGACCUAAUGUUACGUCCCCUGCACUAGGUUCCGCUAGUGAGCUCGUGGGCAAGGUGGCCUACGGAAUCGCCCUCCCUACUAUCAUCAUUGGCGGUGUUGUAAACGGUCAUGUCGCUUGUAAAUAUGUCUAUGUCCGUAUCUUCCGUCACGGAGAUCGGAUGCACAGCCGCGACCUCUUGGCAACCGGAUCUUGGGUGGGCAUUGCCCUGGGAUUGUGGAUUAUUGCCUGGAUCAUUGCAGAGGCCAUUCCAGUGUUCAAUGAUCUGCUGAGUUUGAUUGCGUCCCUUUUCGCCAGUUGGUCUACAUUCGGCUUCAGCGGCAUGUUCUGGCUUUACCUUAAUAAGGACCGACUGUUCUCUUCGCCUAGGAAGAUUGCCCUGACUAUCUUCAACGUUAUUAUUAUCGGUAUUGCAGCCUGCAUUUGCGGUCUCGGACUCUACGUAUCCGGCCGGUCUCUUCACGACGACGCCAACGGCAGCAGUUUCUCCUGUGCCAGUAAUGCUUGA